AUGUCUUUCAAGCGCGACUACCAAGAUGUGGACGAUACGGAGUCCUCAGAGCCAGACAGCAAACGCGCGCGCACGUCGCGACCGAAACAGAGCUUCUCCGUAGACCCCAACUCUGGCCAGAAAUAUGUCUUCGCCAACUAUCACAAUGCUACAACGAUUCCCGUUGGUGAAGAAUCGGAUUUCGAGGAUGACAAGGACGCCAUGGCAUAUCUCAUGUCCGUGAGGACCCAAGCCUCUGGAAUACCGCACGUUCUUGCAGCGCCUAAACAGCCAAUCGGUCCGCAACUUCCCCGCGACCUCGUCAAACGUAGGAGUUCAGACGACGAUGAUGACGACCAAGUUGAUAGAAGCAUAUACAAUACUGGCGUUAGCGACACCAGAGGCUUCUACGAAGACGGCGCAUAUAUCGGUCGAGACGACGACUGGGAGGGCGAGGGAAGUGAUGACUGGGACGAGACGGAAGACGAAGACGGAGAGGUUUCGCAAUCCGCCGUAACGGACGCAUACUUUGGCGCCAUCAUGCAUCAAUAUCUCCGCCUGCGAGUAAUUCUCAACAAACCUCCCCCAAACUCGGCCGUAUCUUCGCAGCCCACAUACGCCACCGCCCUCGGCCCAGGCUCGACGGCCGUCAAGAUCUGGCCUCCGCUCCUCCGCAACACCGAUCCCACCCCACUCCAAGUGUCCCUCAUGUCCAAGGACACCAUCAUCCGGAUACUGCGCAUCCUGCUCGGGGGCAAGUUCCUGCGCCAGGGCUACCCGGUGCCCGAGCGCACCAGCCGCUGGAUUUGGGCCCUGCUGGCCCGGCUGCCCGAGCGCGGGGAGCUCAACCACUCGGAGGUCGGGUGGGUGCGGGACCUCGGUCGGAGGGCCGUGCUGCUCGGCAGGAGCCUGUCGGAAAUGGCGGUGCUCCGCGAAGAGCUCGCGGAGGGCGGCCUGGGGGUUAACGACGCCGUCGACGCCAGCAGCAGCGAUGAAGAGGUCGUCGCGGACGAGCCGCCGUCCGGCCGGGGAGAGGCUGGUUCGCCAAACACAGAGGCAAGUGAAAAGCCAGAAGAGUGCGCGGGGGAGGGAGCGGCCAAGGCAGAGGAGGAAGAGUCGCCGAAAGAAGACGAGAAGGCGGAGGAGGAAGAGGACGUGGCGAUGGACCUCGAGUCGGAUUCUGAUGAAGGGGAGAUUCAUGAGGACAAGGAGGGGCAUUCCUCCGAGAAGAACGGGUCAUUGGAAGCGGCCAAACUUGCCAUUCUUGCUCGGCUAGAAGAGCAAGCUACGGAUGGUGAGGACGACGCAGAGGAAGACCAGUUUGACGCUGUUAGGGAGCGUUCUCGGAUGAACAUGCGUGCCACGCUCAACAUGAUCCUUACAGUCGCAGGCGAGUUUUACGGGCAAAGAGACUUGCUUGAGUUCCGGGAGCCUUUCGUCGGCAUGUAG